AUGCAUUCUCAAUCACACCCGUUUCCUGCGAUACUUACCAUGGCGCGUGUUCAAGUGAUGCCCUGGGCAGUCAUCCUGCUUGCAGGAUGUCUUCAGAGCUGUGAGGCAGUUCGCAGCCAGAUGACUUUCAACAUUGUGUCGCUUGCAGACUUAGACAUGUCGCCGACCCUGGAGAUGGACGAAGCGACACUGGACUCGAUCGGAUGGCCAGAACACGCUGCCCACCGCCACGGCGGCGAAUUGAGCUUGCUUGACCGCUCUGUAGUGGCGGGCCACGAGUCCGAUGCAGGCAUGGUGUUGGCAUUGAAGCCGUUGAAGGCUGAGGAUUACAGCCCGGCGGAGUUGGCAAAGGAAGUGGUGCCCAUGCUCAGGAAUGUCGUCAGGUCAGAGUUUGGAGAGCUGGAUGGGUGGCUGAAGGAAGAGGUCGCCUUCAAGAAGACCGUGAAGUUUGCCCGUUUCGAUAUCACCCAAAACUUCAUUGACUUUCACAACGCUGGCAGCUUGCUGCAAGUGGCAUUGGCGGCAGCAGGAACCAUGCCGUGCUCGGUGCCAAUUGGCGUUACCCUCUCCAACUAUGCGGAUCUGGUGCACAAGUCCUGGGAGAUGGGCCAUGCCUUCGUGUCUGCCUCCGUGGAGGCUGUCGACUCACAUCGAGUUGCGAUUCUAGCCCUGGCCAAGAACAAGCCCCAAAUAGUUAUGCGGCGAUUGCUGGGCUGCAGCGCCCUUGCCCAAAAAAUGGUGGAUGGAGCCACACAGAUGGCUGAAGCGGUUAGUGGUUUGGUCACUGAGACGAAGCAGGGUCUCAAGAAGGCUUUAGAAGACAGACGUGCCAAUGCCGAGGAGAUGCGCAACCUCAAGAAGCAAUUUGCAGACUUGGAUUCAAACAUCGCUGGGAUGCAAGCAGAACUAGAAGAUCUUGAAAGCAACAUUGCCGACGCAAAGGUUGAGGAGGAGAACUUCGCUCGCCGUGCCGACGCCGCUCGCAACAAGGCGCAGAACAUGCAGAUGGUUGGGACCAUUAUGGGGAGCCUCACAGAAGCAUUAACAAGUUACGCCAAUCCUGGUGCCAAGAGCAUCGGUCAGCUCAUGCAACCGGGGCCCACGCCAUCGACGUCACCAGCACAGCCUGCUCCGAACAAAGAGCCUGCUCCAGACAAGGCAGCUGCUGUAAAGAGUGUCGUGGAGCCCCUGUCACGCGAGGUUUCUCAGAUCGAGGAGAAGCUGGCGAAGGCAAGCGAAGACGACGCGGUUGCUCUACGACAGCAGUUGUCGAAGGCCAAAGAAGCGCUUCGCAAUGGUUACAAGGAAGUGAGGGCAAUGUUCACCGAGCAGGCAAAGACGCUAGACGAUAAGGAGGCUGCCGUCCAUGCAAAUCGUGUCGAGUUGCAGAAGGAUCGGCGGAAAACUAACGCCGAGCUGCAGAAAUCUCUUGUCGCGCUCAGCCACCUCAAGGAGGAGAAAAGUGAAGUUGCCAAGUCUGCGGAGCUCCUGAACACGGUGGUCAAAACUCUUGGCAAGGUGCAAAAGACCUUCAUGCUCACGGCGACUUUCUGGAAACUCAUCAAAACCAGCUAUGAGAAACUUGCUAGCAAGUGGCUGAAGGAUUCGCUGGAGGAGGCUAUAGAGCUUGAGACGCUCGUCCCAGACUUGGUUGCAUCCACUACGGACUGGAUUACACUGGGAAGCGUGAACUACAUGGCAAGGCUGGGCAUGAGCCAGGCCGCCGAGCAUGUUGACAACAUCUUGAGUGACCUCCCUGUAAAGGAGGCCGCUGCCAACAUGGUGCUUCAGACAGCGGGAAGCCUCGCGCAGUCGCUUCAAGAAGAUGAAGCCAUCCUCCAACUGGAAGAGCCAGAAAAGACUGUCUGA